CCCCACUGGAAAUAUGGGGUCGGAAAACCCGAGCCCGCAGAACCCUGGCUGUAAGAUCAUGACCUUCCGUCCCAGCCUGGAGGAAUUCCGGGAUUUUGGGAAGUACAUCGCCCACAUGGAAUCCCAAGGAGCUCACCGGGCAGGGCUGGCCAAGGUGAUUCCUCCCAAGGAGUGGAAGCCCCGGAGAACCUACGACGACAUCGAUGACAUGGUGAUCCCAGCUCCCAUCCAGCAGGUGGUCACUGGCCAGUCAGGGUUGUUCACCCAGUACAACAUCCAGAAGAAGCCCAUGACCGUGGGGGAGUAUCGGCGCCUGGCCAACAGCGAGAAGUACUGCACUCCUCGACACCAGGAUUUCGAGGACUUGGAGCGCAAGUACUGGAAGAAUCUCACCUUUGUCUCUCCAAUUUAUGGGGCUGACAUCAGUGGCUCCCUGUAUGAUGCAGACGUGGAUGAAUGGAACAUUGGCAACCUGAACACCCUCCUGGACAUGGUGGAACACGAGUGUGGCAUUAUCAUAGAGGGUGUCAACACUCCCUACCUCUACUUUGGGAUGUGGAAGACAACUUUUGCUUGGCACACAGAGGACAUGGACCUCUACAGCAUCAACUACUUGCAUUUUGGGGAGCCAAAAUCCUGGUAUGCCAUCCCUCCGGAACACGGCAAGAGGCUGGAACGCCUGGCAAAAGGAUUUUUCCCAGGAAGCUCUCAGGGAUGUGAUGCUUUCCUCCGUCACAAGAUGACCCUCAUUUCUCCCUCCAUCCUGAAGAAAUACGGGAUUCCCUUCGACCGGAUCACCCAGGAAGCUGGAGAGUUCAUGAUCACAUUCCCUUAUGGAUACCACGCCGGCUUCAACCACGGCUUCAACUGUGCCGAGUCCACCAACUUUGCCACUUUGAGAUGGAUUGACUAUGGAAAAAUGGCAACCCAAUGCACGUGCCGCAAGGACAUGGUGAAGAUCUCCAUGGAUGUGUUUGUGAGGGUCCUGCAGCCAGAACGAUAUGAUUUAUGGAAACAAGGCAAAGACAUUGCUGUCCUGGACCACAUGAAACCCACAGCUCUGACCAGCCCAGAACUGGAUGCCUGGAAUGAGACAAAGGCAGAGCUGAAGGCAAAAUUGCUCCGCAGGAUAGGAGAUGAGGAAGAGGACAACAAACACCGGUCUCACAGAAAAAGGAGUCAAAACAGGAGACACAAAACAGAGGAUCAGAAGUCUCUGGGGGAUGUCAUGGCCAUUGAAACUGCCCUGGAAGACGUGAAAGUAAAAGAGGAGCUGAAAAGAGGGACAGACCUGGAGGAAGAGGAGAGAAGCAAAGGGAUUGAGGGAGAAGGGGAGUGCAAAGUAAAGGCCCGUCCUCCCAAAGUGAAAGGCGAGAGGAAGAAGAAGCACCUUUUCCAUCAACACCAGCACCACCUCCAGGCCCCUCAGCCCCCCGUGCAGCCCCCAGUGCCACCCCCAGCCCCACAGCAGCAGCAGCUGGCAGAGGGCGAGGCGGGGGCAGCGCGGCCACCGGUGCCCCCGGCGCCGGCCACGGCGGAGAAGAACCUGCCCCCGGGUCCCCUGAACAUCAUCCAGCCCUCGGAGGCGCCGGUGGAGGAGGAGGAUUUCAAACCCAGGCCCAUCAUCCCCAUGCUCUACGUGGUGCCCAGGACCAAGAAGGUGGUGUUCGACAAGGAGCGCAUGUCCUGCCAGCAGGCCUUCGAGCAGUUCGCCACCCAGAAGAGCCUGGCAUGGAGGGAGCAGGCGGUGCCCCUGGAGAUCCCUGGGAAGGAGGAGGAGAAUGCAGAGCCAGCAACCCCAGAGGUCACUGCAGAGACUGCUUCUGCUUUCUCCAAAAUGAAGAUGGAGAUCAAAAAGAGUCGUCGUCACCCCCUGGGCAAACCCCCGACCCGCUCCCCGCUGUCCGUGGUCAAACAGGAGACCUCAAGUGAUGAGGAAACGUUUCCAUUUUCUGGAGAGGAAGAUAUGAGUGAUCCAGAGGCUUUGAAAUCUUUACUUUCCUUCCAGUGGAAGAAUAAAGCACUUAAUUUCCCAGCUGAAAGAAAAUUCAAUGCAGCUGCUGCCCUGAGUGAGCCAUACUGUGCUGUCUGCACCCUCUUCUACCCCUACAACCAGUCCUUACAGGUGGAUAAGGAAGCUGGCCCAGUCUCCGGAGGGGAACCAUCCUCUUUCAUUCACCUCUCCAAGUGUGGCCAGAAGACCAAGCCCCUGAUCCCAGAGAUGUGCUUUACCUCAAGUGGGGAAAACACAGAGCCCCUUCCUUCAAAUUCCUACAUUGGAGAGGAUGGAACCAGUCCCUUGAUAUCCUGUGCCAAAUGCUGCCUGCAGGUCCAUGCCAGCUGUUACGGAAUUCGUCCAGACCUGGUGAACGAGAGCUGGUCUUGCUCGCGGUGCUCAGCCAACGCGUGGGCAGCGGAAUGUUGCCUGUGCAAUCUCAGGGGAGGAGCUCUUCAGAUGACCACUGAUGGGCGGUGGGUCCAUGUAAUCUGUGCUAUUGCUGUCCCCGAGGCCCGUUUCCUCAAUGUAAUAGAGCGUCAUCCUGUGGAUAUCAGCGCUAUUCCGGAGCAGAGAUGGAAACUGGUGGGUGUCUCUUACCUGGGGAGAACCCCAUUCCGAAGGGAGGUGGCCCUGGGGCAGACUGUGAUCACAAAGAACCGGAAUGGGCUCUACUACCGGUGCAGAGUGAUCGGCACAACCACGCAGACCUUCUACGAGGUCAACUUUGACGACGGUUCCUACAGCGACAACGUUUACCCCGAAAGCAUCAUUAGCAGGGACUGCAUCCAAAUGGGACCCCCCCUGGAGGGGGAGCUGGUUCAGCUGCAGUGGACGGAUGGGAUCAUCUAUAAAGCCAAGUUUAUUGCAGCCCAGAUCAGUCAGAUUUACCAGGUCGAGUUUGAAGAUGGUUCUCAGCUAAUGGUGAAGCGUGGAGAUAUUUAUACCUUGGAGGAAGAGCUUCCCAAGAGAGUGAAGUCUCGCCUGUCCCUCAGCACUGGGGCCCCUCAGGAAGAUGUAUUUUCGGGAGACGAAGUGAGACCGGCCAAGCGUCCCCGGCUGGGGAAUUCCAGAAAUCCUGAAGAAUAUGGACAGAACCCAGAUUACUUGGCCUUUAUGGAGAGCCUGUUGCAGACACAGUACCAGCCUGGGACUCAGAGCAACAUGUUUUAACCAGGAUUAAUUAAAAAAAAAAUAAUCUUAAAUUAACCCUUUUUUGAGAUCGUGGAAAAAAAAAAAAUAAAUGGGAAACUGUGGAAUGGAAGACCAGCCCUGUG